AUGGAGCAAUUUCUUAAGAACUUCACCUGUAAAAAUAAUCAUAAUAAAUCAAUCACUAAGCUUAGAUUGAAUAAGUAGUUAUCUGAUUAAGAGAGAUUCAUGUGUGACUAAUGCGAAAAACAGCAAUCAAAUGAAUAGAUUUUAGAUAUAUAAUUUGUAGAAUAAAUAAUAAAUGAUUUUAAGAAGAAAUAGUAGGAAUCAAUACAAAACUUUAUAUAAUUUAAAUUAGAACAAGUCUUCUAAAUUGAAAACACAAUUUUGAAAUUGAAAUCCUUACUUCUUUUAUUAUUAGAGCAAAUAAAGAAAUAUAUAGAUGAUUGGAGGUAUUUUAUCUAAUCAAUUAAUAACUAAAAGUUACCUGGAGAUUUCAAAACUGAUAUUGAUAAUUUAAUUUAUAAUAAAUGGGAUGAUUAAUUAAAAGAAUAUUUUUCAAACAUAGAAGAAAAAAAUUCAGCUUGGGUUUAAAAAAUUGAAAUUAACCUAGGUAAUUUUCAAAAUUUUCAAGAAAUCAAAAAAUGCCAAUAAAUUUUAAAGUAAUCAAUAAUUUUAAAUGACAUUUCUCCUGUUAGAGUGAAUGACAAUUAAAUUUCCUUAGCUUUAAUUAACAAUUCCACCUAUCAAAAUGAAACUUGUAAUGCUAUCUCAAUUAAUAAGACUGAUAAAAUGAUUGCCACUAGCAAAGAAAACACAAUAGUUAUUUGGGAAUUUGUUGAUAGAAAGAUGCAGUUUGUAACUCAAUUGGACAGACACAAAGAUUAUAUAAGUUGUUUAGUCUUUAGUAAAAAAGUAGAUUGCUUGAUUUCAGCAUCUUAUGACAAAACCAUUCUUUCUUGGAAAAAAUUGGAUUAAAAUAAGUGGAUUUGCUCAGGGUUAAAUUUUUAACAUACAGGUUAAAUAAACUGUAUACUUUUAAAUAAAAUGGAAAAUUAACUUAUAAGUGGAAGUUCUGAUUAAAGAAUUCUAGUAUGGGAUGUUGAUUGUAAUCAAAACAAAUUGAAUUAUUUAUAUCCAUUAUAAUUAACAGCUGGGGAUGUUGAAGGUUUAACAAUGAAUGAUUCUGAAACAAUUUUAGUAUCAUCAUCGAAUAAUAAAUCGAUUAUAAUAUGGAGAAAAGGAAAUGAUGAUAAAUGGAAAUUCUCUACAAAUGUUACAAAAUUUGUUGAAGAAUUUGGAUCAAGAAUUAGUUUUCUAAAUAAUAAUAAAUUUAUUUGGGUAUCAGGUGAAAGAGAUAGUUUAGAUUGCAUAUGUGUUUUUUAUGAGCAUAAGGAAGAAUUUUUGGAAAAUAAUUAAAAGAGGAUAAAUUUAUAAAAAAAUAACAAGGAAUUUGAUUUUCACUUGUUUCCAAUUUGUUAUAAUCAAGAGAAAAAAAUAAUAAUUGUUAAGCAUAAAUUAAGAAUAUAUGUACUAAAAGAAUAUCCAAAUGAUGAAUUGAAAAUUGCAGGGACGAUAACUUGCAAAUCUACUCGAAUAUUCGGAUCAUUAACUAAUGAUGGAUAGUUCUUGAUUUAUUGGGAUGCUAAUGGAAGUGAUGCUGGAGGUGGUUAAUACUUUAUUUAUAAAAUUUGA